CUCUAAUAUUAGGUAAUGAACAAUAUACCUAAGGGAAAUUAUUCCUCUUUCAGAUGAGCAUAUAUUAAGUGGUCAUCCAUGCAUAAUGAGUUACAGUCCAAUAACCAUGCAAAUGUGUAAAAACAAAAAUAUUGAAUUAUUCACGAACAUGAUAUUUUGCUUGGUGAUUUUGACUAAUACCAUACACCAUAUGUUUUGAUGCUAAUCUAAUGUAGGCAUUUUGGGGGAGCAUGCUGGCAUGGGUAUUGGACUCAUCCAUAGGCGAUCAAAAAUUAAAAUUCUGCUCAUCUGAUUGUUUAUCAAAAAAUCUUUUAGGUUGAACAAGUGGCAACUUCCCUUUUUUAUCUGAGUGUAAUUAUAGUUAUUUAUAUAAUUUCAGACUUGGAGGGAAUAUACAAGCUAAACAUUUACAUUAAGGGGAAUCUGCUAUAAAAAGGAUUUUCCAAUUCCUUUUCACAUUUUAAUAGUGUGUUUUGUCCAGUUGGAUUGGUUAGGAAUAAGCAGUUAAUUCACAGGUUUUAGUUGGCAAAACAAGAAUUCAUAAUUCAGCUAUUGUAUCUAUACUGCCUAAAAUAUUUUCAGAAAGUACUGCAAUGACAAAGGACAUUCUUCUUUAACCUUGAAUAUGUCUAUAAGGGGGUUGGGGCAGGGGCUGGCAUGGAAAGGGAUAGGAAAAAUGUUAUAGAUGUUAAUUGUGCCUUCAAGUAAAUGUUUUUAAUUCAAUCAGUCUUUAUUAAUAGUUACAAUUUUCUAUUUCCUCCACUCUACAUUACCCCCCCCCCCCCCCAAUUUUGCAGGAAGAGGAGUAGUUGUGACACGCGAUAUACAAAAAGAUGAGUUUCUCUUUCAGUAUGCUGGAAAUCUGAUAAAUGGCACCGAUGGAGAGAACCUUGAAAUUCAGAAUUCUACUGGUUUUAGAUUCUUCUUUACUGCUAAAAAUGGCACAAAGAUGUGGUAAGGAUAUCUUCAGCAAGUCCAUGUAUGCCUUUAAAGAAAAAUAUAAAACUAAAACUGAAAAACAAAACAGAAAAUAGAAAGAGUGCAUAUAUACCUCCGGCUAGGAAGAGUGCUUACUGGAGCAUGUCACAGUGUCUGUCACAAUGAAAAUACGCGCCUCACAUUAUAAGUGUACUGUACAUUCACUUAUUUUCAUUGGACGCUAAAGGGAAAUGCCCUUGGCUCUUCCAUCCCUGGGGUCCAUACCCCCUGGAAAUUGCACAUUUUUACCCCUGUGACCUUUGACCUCAUGACCCCCCAAAUUUUAUUAUUUGUUGUGAGUUUCAUCAUGCACCUCUCCUGAAAGUUUGAUUAAAUUCUGACAAGAACUUUUUGAGUUAUGCAAAACAAUGAACCAACAGGACUGAAAAAAUACAAUUCUUCCAAGUUCCUUGGUGGAGGUAUUAACACAUAAUUAUUCAGUGUGAAAAUGAACAUUAUGUUCCCUAGCUCUGCUUAUCUUGCAUUGGAUUGAGUAGUAUGCUUUAUUAGUAUAUGUAACUACAUGUGUCUUGAAAGAUCAUUGUGUUUGUGCCGAUUCUUUAUUCUUUAUUUCUUUCUGGUGAAAAGUUAUUAGAUUAUAAGCUCAAGAAAAAUUGAAAAUUUCGGACAGCAUGUUGAGAAAAAUAUACAAUUAUAUGGUGUACAAAUAUAUUGUGUGGAGAUUCAAACAAUUAUAAUUUUUUUGUCUAAUUCUUCGGCAACUGUGAAUUAUUUUCAGAUUGACCUGUUUUUUAACUGCCUGUGGGAGAAAAAAAACAACUCACAUUUGUUUUGCACGACAACAUUCAGCUAAACACAUGACAAAUUGCUCUAUCUGUUGUAUAAUAUUGUUGUAAAAUGAAGUUUAGAUGGAUCAAUAUACAGCCAGGCAUACGACCAUUAAAAAUGUAGUUUGAUUAGAAGGUAUCCAUGACAGACUGUCACAAUUUAAUUGACUGUCCGGGCCUGCGGGUGGUUUAUUAUAACACAAUAGUCUAUGGGGUAAAAUGAUUGUAUUUACAAUGACUUUCAUUGUUCACACCAUACCACAAACACUCUUUCAGUAUGUUACAGACUCUGAUUGUAAUGCCUUCUUACUUUUCAGCAUUGAUGCAACCGAUGAGCCAACUGGUGGGCCAAUGCUCGGGAGAUUGGUCAAUCAUGGCGUAGGAAAAUCAUCAAAUGUUAAACUCCGUGUUGUAGAAGAUGAAGGCACCCCUUUCUUAUGUUUGUUUGCAUCCAAGGACAUUGAAGCACAAACCGAACUCCUGUAUGACUAUGGAGUGCCAUUGCAAUUCAAUCAGGAUGAAACGAGCUCAUACGUACAGCUUGAAACCCCCAAUGAGACCUUAGUGCCACUGUUUCCUGGGGGGAGGCCGAUCAUCACCGAUGCACAACGGCGCCAUGCAUUCAGAAAGGGAACUACAAAGGAGACUCUCCUUACGAGUCUCCAAGAGGUAGUUUUUGGGCAGGAGACCCUGUCUAAAGGGAAGGCGUGUGGCAUGAGGGUGGCCGUCAAUAAGGCCACACCAGACGCAACUGUGCCCCUAGAUCCUGAGCUAUUGGUGGAGAUAAUAGAAUCAACAUUGGGGACAAAAGCUACGAUGAGACGGAUCAUGCAGGACCAUCAAAAAAGGAGGUUCGGUUUUUCCUACCCCAUCGUCAAGCAGGCGUACAAAUUUCUUCAAUUCGCACCCGAAAAUCAGCAUCACAGUUCACCAAGGCAGUUGACUUCUUCAAGUUGGUUUUACUCUCUCAAUAAUUGAAGAAAUCUGCUAUUUCGCAAAUGCCUAUGCUCUCAUCAAUGCAAGAAAAGAUCACGGGCAAAGUUAUCUAAAUAGUGAUGGAUCUUUCACGUAUGUUACACCGGAUGAAUUGUAUUCUUUCAUUGGUCUUCUGAUAUAUAUGGACUUUGUCCAGCUGCCGAAUAUAGAUCGUUACUGGUCAACCAAAACGCUCUAUCAUGGGAUAUGGGCGCGUUCCUUUAUGACUAAGAAUCGAUACAAAGCUAUCAAUAGCUUUCUUCAUGUGGUUGAUCCCACGGAUGGAGAGGAAGGUGAUCCCUUGGCAAAAGUUCGCUUCCUUAUUAACCACAUUAACAACAUGUGUCAGGAGUUGUAUCAACCGUUUCAAAACAUCUCAAUUGAUGAACGAAUGGUCCGUUCAAAGGGAUGUUUUAAGUUCAGGAUGUAUAUCCGCGAUAAACCAACAAAGUUUGGAUUUAAAUUAUGGGUCCUCGCGGAUUCGGCAAAUGGUUAUACAUGCAAAUUUGAGGUCUACACGGGUCGCAAAGCUGAAGGGGUGCAACAUGGUCUGGCAUAUGAUGUCGCCAUUCGUUUAUGUGAGAAGUUUAUCAAUCAGGGGUACCAUCUGUACUGUGACAAUUUUUACACUACAUCAAGACUUUUCAGAGAUUUGAAAGCUAGUGGUAUAUUAGCAUGUGGCACGGCCCUCGCCAACAGGAAAGACUUUCCAUCGCAUUUCAAGAAAACAUUUAAAUCAUGGGCAAAAAAAUCAAAGAAGGGACAAAUGCGAUGGGACAGGGAUGGACCUGUUUUGACUAUGCAAUGGAAAGACAAUAAAAUUAAGGUAAAUGCUAGUUUUGGUAACGAUACCAAAAUGAGUUCGUACAGAAUCCAAUGAAAUGACCACCAAAGUGUCUGUUUGUAUAAAUAAAACGCAUGUGCCAAAGGAUUCUGGAAGAAAUUGUGUAAUUGCUGAGAAAUCAGCAAAUAAGCACAGGAUUCGGGUAGAGCGUCGGGCCCGACGCUCUAAGCAAUAAUUAUACACAGUCCCACGUGCGCUUAUCUGUGUUGCGGAAGUUCAGUCUGAACAUUUUUCAGCGUAGAUUUCAAGAUUUCACAAAGUUCAGUUUAUGUAACUGUACCAGAUCUAGAUCCUCGAUGAUAUACUGACAAUUAAGCCUGGUUUUACAGACUUUCUCAUGAAAUCAGUGUUUACUGCAACUACUGGAAUUUCUCUUUAAUGUCUACAAUUCACAAAGCUGAUGCAGCCAGUCAUACUCUCCGGAGGGUAAAAGUGAAUGGUAAAUUUUCACGCCAUAUUGUACGCCAACCUAAUGCUUUCCAAGACUAUAAUCGUUUCAUGAAUGGCGUUGAUCGCUCGGACCAGUUAAUUGGUAAAUAUGAUACUUUGAGAAAAACAAUAAAAUGGUGGAAAACCUUGUUUUACCAUAUGGUGGACAUAACAGUUGUGAAUUCAUAUAUCCUAUUCAAACUAUUUCAACAGCAGUACCCAAAUAAUGUUGAAUUACAACGUGGAUCCACCUAUCUGCAGCUUGAAUUUAGGGAAGAGCUUGCUUGUCAGUUAGGAGACAUUACUGAUGAAACAGAAGUCCCUUUGUUUUCACAAACCAAACAUGAAAAACAGGACAAGGAUGAUGCUGAGCCUAAGCAUAUGCCAGAUUGGACAAUGACAAAGAAACUGUCAGGUGUGCUUUCGGAAACUAAAGGUUGAGGUGAAAUCAAGUGUAAAAUGUGAAACUUGUGCUGUAUUUCUCUGUUUCAAUGCCAAAAGAAACUGCUUCAGAGAGUGGCAUAAAUCCCAGGCUCAGCAUCAUGAAGUUUGAGUUUCGUUACAUGUAUGUUUGCAUUAUUUAUGGUAUCAAACUGAGUUAUAUUUCAUUCCAGAUUGAGGAGGUUAAAAAACCUCUCGAUAUAAAACAUUGGUAGUCAAGUUCUUUUCAGUAUGUGAAUGAAUGGAUUUUAGAAUUCUUCGUGUGAAUUGGUACAACUCACAUUAUACAUCAUCAAUGAUUGUAAAUGUAUUGGGAUUUCUGGUUAAUGUGACAUAACUAAUUUAAUUUAUUCUCAAGAAAUGUUACAGAUAUAAUGACACAAUAUUGUACUGUAAUUCAGGAAUGAUAGUAAAAGUUUAUUACAUAAUGCAAACUAAUGUUUGAGGAGGUUAAAAAGCCUCUCAAUUUAAAUUUUAAAACAUUGGUAGUCAAGUUCUGAUCAGUAUGUGAAUGAAUUAGAAUUCUUCGUGUGAAUUGGUACAACUCACAUUAUACAUCAUCAAUUAUUGUAAAUGUAUUGGGAUUUCUGGUUGAUUUAUUCUGAAGAAUUGUUACAGAAAUAAUUCAGGAAUGAUAGUAAAAGUUUAUUACAUAAUGCAAACUAAUGUUUGUACAAAUACGCAUUCUGUAAUGGUAAAUUGUCAUUCAUUUUAAUACGGAACAAAUAUCGGGAAAAGGUGAUAUUAAUACACUGAUUUGUACGCUUUACAAUGUGGCUUACAGAAUUUAUAUUUCAAACAUGGUAAAAUGUAUAUUUUAAGACAAAUAUAAAAUUAUUACAAUAAGAUGAAAACAAAAACUGCACAAAUUUGGAUUAUACUGUGCACGAGUGUAUACAGGACAUACAUUUGUGCACAUGGAGACGGUUUAUGAAUAUUCAUAUACAUGUACAAUUGUACAUUAUGUAUCGUAAUUUGCAUAAAUUUGCAUAUACAUGCAAAUAUUUGUCAUCAAAAUAACCUCCUUAUCUUGCAGAGUUAACUUAAAAGAAUAAUUAUUUUAUUCCUAAGAGUUCAGACUUAAUUCUACUGUUAUAACUGACAGGCCUUAUUUCCAUCAUUGGUUACAACACAGUUUAUGACAAUUUUUACCCAAAAAGGUGAAAUAUUAAAUUCACAAAAAAUACAACUUUUAAUCAAAAGUAUGACAUAAUUAUGACAUGCAUGUAUUGCUGAAGAGUUGCUCUAAAAUCUUGUAAUGCUUGUGUGAAGAAUUUCUAAUAAUAAAAUGCAAAUAGUUGUC